AUGAGCUUCGGCUUCGGAAUUGGAGACUUUAUCGCAGUCCUCGAACUGGCGAACCGAGUGCGGAAACGUUUCGUGAAUGCCUCUACUCAGUUUCAAGGGAUUUCAGAUGAUGUGAAGGUAUUAUCGAAUGCUUUACGUGACAUCGACGAUUAUGGACCCGAUGAAAGCCUAGAUGAACAACGAAAAAGGGAUUUGAACCUGAUCUCAAAAAGCUGUCAAGGUGUACUAGAGAAUCUCGACCGCAAGCUUGACAAAUACCAAGAGCUCGGCGCCAGCUUUAAAUCUAUUGACAUGAAAAGGAUUCCUCGCUGGGCUUGGGAGCGAAUUCACUGGGACCAGGCGGAAAUACAAGAUUUUAGAAAUCAGAUCUCACAAAACAUCGACGCCCUCAAUUUACUGCUCACCGGAAUCAACAGUCAUGUUGCCCUUCAAACAAAGAAUCUGGUCAUGUCCACAAAAGUGGAGAUCGACGGUCUUGUUCGACACCAAGACCGCGAACAACAGCAGAGGAUACUCGAGUGGCUUUCUCCAAUAAAUGCCGCCGCUAAGCAAGCGGAUAUCUUUGGUCGUUGUCAGAAAGGAACAGGCCAAUGGUUUCUUCAAACAGAGAGCUUCCAACAAUUGGUUCACUCUACAACGCCGUCUCAACGUACUGUGUUUUGCCCGGGUAUUCCUGGAGCAGGUAAAACCUUCGUGGCAUCCACAGUGGUGAACACACUCCAGGAAUUAUACUGGUCCAACCACGAUGUUGGCGUGGCCUUCUUCUACUGCGAGUUUCGGGAACGUGUCACACUUGAAAACAUCCUGGGCUGUAUCUUGGGGCAGCUAGCUCGGAAGCUCUCAGUAUUCCCUGAGCCUCUUGAAGACCUCUAUGAUGAUCAUCUGGUAACGGAAACACGUCCAUCAGUCAGUACCCUUCUUGAGGUCCUUGAUACUACCCUGUCAAGGUUUGUUAAAGCCUUCAUUGUAAUUGACGCAUUAGACGAGUGCCUACUGCCAAGUGGAAUGCGUGCAACUCUUAUCGGAAGCAUCUUCGAGCUCCAGGCAAGACAUAGCCUGGGCUUCCUAGCCACCUCGAGAGAUGAUCCAGAAAUUGGGGUCAAGUUUGACGGUAGACCUUGCUUGAGAAUCCGGGCGAACGAAGAUGACAUCGAGAAAUUCCUCCGAGGCCAGAUAGACCAGGUGGACGUCCUUCCGAGUUUUGUUCAACGGAAACCAGACUUGCAGAAGGAAAUUAUUACCAAAAUUACCAAGGCUGUGGAUGGAAUGUUUCUUCUUGCUCGAUUGCAUUUCGAUUCACUGAAAGGGAGUUUAUCACCAGCGAAAAUCAGGAACAAGCUCAAGACCCUUUCUAGCAGGCUAGAUGCUGCUUAUGAGGAUGCCAUAAAUCGCAUCGAGAGCCAGCUUCCAGAACAAAGCCACACCGCAAAGGAAGUUCUCGCAUGGAUCGUUUGCGCGACGCGGCCUUUAACCCCCAGAGAGCUUCAACAUGCACUCGCAGUUGAGAUAGGGGAGCUUUGCCUCGAUGAGGAAAAUAUUCCCGAAAUCAAUGAUCUUAUUUCAAUUUGCGCCGGGCUAGUCACGACUGACGAGCAAAGCAAUACCAUCAGAUUGGCCCAUUAUACAACUCAAGAGUACCUCGAGCAGAAAUGGACUAGUCUAUUUCCUGAUGCUCAUUCUUUGCUUGGCGGUGUUUGCGUCACAUAUUUGAAUUUUGAUGCUUUUCAGAGCGGAGUUGCAUCCUCUAGCGAGGAACUCCUUGUGCGCCUCGAAGGCUACCCCUUCUAUUCCUACUCGGCAUUGAACUUUGACAUUCAUAUCAAAUCCCAAGAUGAUCAUUUAGACAUGAUAUUGGACCUGAUGAGGAAUGAUAGAAAUGUGACUGCCUGUGCCCAAAUCCUCCUUUAUGAAAGAGAGCCAGAGGUUGCCCGUCCACGUAUGGUUCAGGAUACGAAAGGCCUGCAUCUCUCAAUUUAUCUUGGAUUUUACGAGGCUGCAAAAGUUCUUCUAACAGAAGGCUGGCACGUCGAUAUUUUCGAUAGCGUCCAGCGAACUCCAUUGUCAUGGAUGGCCGAGUUCGGAUUGCACGGGGCAGUUGAUUUCUUGUUGACCCAGGGAGCGGAUCCAAACUGUAGGGAUAUUGACGGUCACACCGCUAUAUCCUAUGCAGUUUCUCGAGGGCAUGAGGAUAUAUUCCAGAUCCUCAGAGAAAGAGGGGCGGAUAUGGAAGUCAAAAAUGAAAACAGGCGAACUCUCCUAUUCGAUGCAGUUUGGGGUAACCAUGAGAGGAUGGUGAAGCUCCUUCUGGACGAGGGUAUUGAUGUAAAUUGCGAAGAUCACCACAAACAAACUGCCCUUUUCCUUGCGAUACAAUGCCUCUAUAUCUUUUAUGGGCAGUCCGAGACAAGUCAAAGAGUCAAAAUCGUGGAGUUGCUAUUAUCAAAAGACGUCGACCUUUCCCACAAAGACGAAAGCGGCAAGGUUGCCUUAUCAUAUGCAGUGCAAGGCGGAAACGAGAGCCUGGUAAAACUACUCCUUGAAGCAGGUGCCGAUAUAGAGAUCCAGAAUGACGAAGGCGAGACUGCACUGUCAAAUGCAGUGAGGCAUGGGCAUGAAAACAUCACCAAGCUUUUGUUGGAAUGGCAUGCUAACCCCAUGUGCAAGAUUUAUGAUGGCCUGACGCCACUGUCAGCCUCAGCAAGACAUGGGAAUGAGUCUAUGGUGCGCAUUCUUCUAGCAGGCGGCGUUGAUCCCAACGGCAAGGAUCAUUUUGAGAUGUCUGCGCUUUCACAUGCAGCUUUGUUCGGACAUGUGUCUAUUGUGAAUAUUCUGCUUGAAAAUCACGCCCAUCCAAACUGCAAGGAUAUCGAGGGUCGUACUCCAUUGCUCUGCGCGGCGGGGAAUGGCCACUUGCCAGUGGUCACCAUUCUGCUCAAACCAGGAAUUGACGCGAACUUUGAGGAGGACAUCUAUGGUCGAACCCCAUUGCACUAUGCAACGUCGAACGGUCAUCAUGCGGUGGCUGAUUUGCUAUCAAGUAUGGGGUGUGUUGCUAAAGAACCCCAAAGCAGAGCGGUUAAGAUAGAUCGUGGGAGCCAAAGCAAGGUCAAAACCUUCACGAUAGAGUAUUAA